AUGUCCGUCAGAUGGUCGGAUUGGGCACCAAAUCGAGCGUCAAGAGAUAUAACUAUUGGCGUGGCAUUCGGCAUUGCUCUGUCGAUAUCCUUUACAUCAAUCUCGACGUACAUCGAGCGACGCAGACGAAUCGAGCGAGAAAAAGCAGAGGGUGCUCGUGAUUACAUUCCUCGACCGAUCGAACUGAGAAGCGAUGAGAUCGUGGACGGGGUUGUCGGGCUGAUAGGGAACACACCUUUAGUGAGGAUUAAUUCUCUGAGUGAGGCCCUGGGAGUAGAUAUUUUGGGAAAGGCCGAAUUUCUUAACCCCGGUGGUUCAGUGAAAGAUCGAGUUGCGCUCAAAACAAUCAUCAUGCCUGACGAUGUCGCCGCCGAAAAGGAACGCGCGCUCCUGGCACUCGGUGCCACAGUAGAGAAAAAUCUAGCCAAACACCGCGCACUUGAAUUUGGCAAAACGGAGAUGCAUACAACCGAUGACUCAAUGGUCGCAAGUACCCAGGGUGGACCCGACAAACCAAGAGGCUUCUUUGCAGACCAGUUUGAGAGUCCGUCGAAUUACCAAGCGCACUUGCAAUCGACUGGUCCCGAGCUGUGGCGCCAGUGCUCCGGUCGCCUCGAUGCGUUUGUGAGCGGCGCAGGGACGGGAGGUACUAUAGCUGGUGUCGGGAGGUAUCUCAAAUCGCAAGGUGUGCCUACUCCCCCGUCACACUUUGGCCCCCCCCCCUCUCCCCAUCACCCUUUGGAUCUCCAUCGCCCUUUGACCCCCUCCCCUAUCACCCUUUGA